GGGGAGGAAAGUCGUUGCCAUUCGACCUCUGCGGGGCCUGCGCGGACGCAGCGAGAACCCUGAAAUUCAUUAUGCGUUUAAAACCUUUAUUUAUUUCCGCAUAACCUACAUACUCUCACCGGGAGGGCCGAGCGGAGAGAAGAAACGACGACGGUCCAUCUCUUUCGGGAAAAUACAUCGUUUACAAAUACAUAUUUUUUUUCGGAGGUGGAUAUUGUUGAGAAAGUGAAGAUUCUAACGUAUAUUAAGAAAAAUGUCCGGUGAGAGAAACCGCAGGUCGUUGGCUUUCCGAGGAGGUGGAUUAGCUGGGUUAACGGGUUCCAGCGGUAUCGGUGGGGGGAACUGUAACAGCUGGGAGGCCCCGGCCUGUCAAGACCGACAUUUUAACGGGAACAGGCCGGAUCAAGAGGAGGACAGGGAUCUGGGGGCUAAAGGACCGUCGCAGAAGAGAGUGGAGGGCGCUGGGUCUGUCAGCGAUAGCACGGAACCCGAGGCGGAGGAAGAAGAGGACCCGGAAGGGGGCAGCUGGGCAGCCGGGGACGGCGACGAUCGUGUCGGCUCGGUGGAAGUGGAGGACGGGUCCAAGGAGGGAAGUAGCUGGACAGCGGGGAACGGUCCCAACAACGCCGACGGCCAGGAGUCUGGAAGCGGUGCGAGGGGAGGCGAGACCAGGAAAUCUGGGGUAGAGAUGAGACCGCAGACGCUGCUUCAGAAACACUCACUGUUCCAUGCUUCGUGGUUGCAAGAAUUUCCAUGGCUCAAAUUUUGCCAGGAGACGGGACUCAUGUCCUGUUCUUGGUGUCACAACAUUGCCACUAAAAACAGCGACGAGCUUGUCAAAGGCAGUCGCAACUACAAACGGGCCUUGCUGCUGAGACAUCACCUGUCUUCCGAGCACGGGAGGAAUGACCCCACCAAACAGGAAACUGUGAGGCCCUCAGGCAAUGCCAGCCCCUCCACUAACUGCUCAGAGGAAGACUACCGCAGCAAGCCCAACGAGAACUCCUACUGUUACCAGCUACUCCAGGAGUUGGACAAGCAACGCAAAAGUGGUAUCCUCUGUGACGUCAACAUUGUUGUCUCAGGCCAGGUGUUCCGCGCACACAAGAACAUCCUGGUAGCAGGCAGCCGCUACUUCAAAACCCUCUACUGUCUGACCAAGAGUGAGGCUCAGGACCAGGCCACUGUCACGCACCUGGAUGUCGCUGCUGUGCAGGGCUUCUCCGUUAUCCUCGACUUUCUCUACUCCGGGAAUCUGCUGCUCACAAGCCAAAAUGCCAUUGAGGUGAUGUCCGUUGCUAGUUACCUACAGAUGACAGAGGUUGUACAGUCAUGUAGGGCUUUUAUAAAGGAUGCCCUGAAUAUCAGCAUUAAACAAGAAGCCCCCGAUUCCGUUGUGGUGGAUUACAACAAGAGGCAAAUGGUGGCCAAAGAGGGACAGAGAGGUCUAGACCGAAAGCCAAGCAACUUCUGGGCCACGAGCAUCCUGUCUAAGCUGUCAAUCAAGGCCAGCGGCAACCAAGGAAAGGAAGCAAUGGAGGAAGAUGACGAGGCUAGCAGGGUGAAGGAGGAGACCAGUGAUAUAGAGGUGACAGUGGUUGGGGGCGAGGGCUGUGCCCUGGUGACUCCCGGAUCCUCUGGUAGCUGGACCCACCACAAUGACAACUCAUCUGAUUCAGUAGAGACCAAUGAAACACGAGCGGCGAGUAGCCAGACGCAGGUCUUCGUCUGGAACGAGCCAGCCACAGGUGGCACUGCUGCAGCACCCUCAGCAAUAAAGCGAGAGGCACCGGAUCCCGUGGCUGGAAGCGGGCGGAGGAAAAAACAGACCACCACACGUCGCUUUGUCUACAACUUCCCACCAGAGCCUGAAGAGGGAUUCGAUGAAGGAAUGUUCAUCCAGCCUUCAGCCUCCUACCCCCGAGAGGAUUUCUCUUCCCUCUCCGAAAACGCUGAGCUGGCCAAUCAGAUCCAGUAUAGCAUCAUCCAAGACUUACAGCAAGGGGAGUCCUGGGAGAAUGGCGAGUCCUCACACCUAGCCCUCAAUAAGCUUAAGUGCCCCCACUGUAACUACAUUGCCAAGCAUCGGCGCACGCUCAAGAGGCACCUGAUCAUCCACUCGGGUGUGCGCUCCUUCAGCUGUGACAUCUGUGGCAAGCUGUUCACCCGCCGCGAGCACGUUAAGAGACAUUCCCUGGUGCACAAGAAGGACAAAAAAUACAAGUGCAUGGUGUGCAAGAAGAUCUUCAUGCUUGCCGCCAGCGUCGGCAUCCGUCACGGCUCGCGGCGCUAUGGCGUGUGUGCAGACUGCGCCGACUCGCACCAGGCCACUCAGGAGGGCCUGGAGGGCAUUGAGUUUCCUCGCGACGAAGACUUUGACGGGGAGGAAGGCGAGGACGUGGAGGGGGAGGAACCUACCGACAACGACCAAUCAGUUUGGGGCGAGGGCAACGCUGGUGCUGCCCCGGAAGAGGACUAAGAUUCUAACAAGCUUGAGAAACAAAAUUUAAAAAAAAAAAAAAAAAAAAAAAAGUUGAUGUUUAAUAUAUAUGUAUACAAAAACUAGCUGGUAAACAAUCAACUCCAAAGUGC